CCGCGAAAUAUUGUGCGAAUCCCAAACCGCCAUGUUUCUUGAACACUAGUUUGGUGUAAAUACGUGCGAUAUUAUCCGUUCUUUCUUCGGAAUAUGUGCGAAAUGGUGACCACGUUAUAAAGGUCGAACUGCCAUGUACAGCUGACGAGAUCAAGUGCAUUUCAUUCGAGAUGGCAGAAAGUUGAAGAUGGCUCUUUGACAAGCGCUAGAGACCUUCUAAGAAAUCUGACAGCGAAAGACUGCACAAGAAAAGACAAACCGAGUUUGCCUUCUGCAAUGUUAAUCUGCACGGAUCGCGAAGGAUUGUGAAGAUGCGAAGGUAGCGGAACACAUUCUCAUCAACCGCUGUGGUCGUCCCCUCCGUGUCACCUUGUAGCCGCCGAGGAGGCGACAACACCGAUGUAGUCCCAGUGUUCCCCUCGCUUGUCGUGUGGACUGCCAUUGUGGCCCCCUCAUCCUCCCGCCAAGUGAAGCCUGCGUGUUUUCCGUUCCCGGUCUGUGUCUUGUGCUCCUGUGUGUGAACAGCAAAAAAAAAAGAAAAGGAAAACAAAAACUCUUUGGGUCGACAUUCCGUGCAUCUCUGCACGCUGGGGUCCGAACUGACCACCGUGGAACGCGGAGGCCUAUCAUGGUUUUACCUGGGCUUGCCCAGUAAUGGCGAACAGCAACGUGCCAGCCCACGACUUUGCCCCUUCUUGGUUGAAGAUACCUGCAUACGAUUCCACUUCGAAGAAUGCCCACACGGACGGAGCGUACGCCCCUCGCAGAGAAGAGCAUCGUCCACAACGCCGAACUUCCGGAGGCCGCACACAUUUUGGACCGAGUGACGGGCACAGGGAUUGGGACGGACAUCCAUUGGGUGGCAGAAGCCCCUUCUUCAUCUCUCGCCAUCACUCUCUCGACGUAGAAGAGGGCCAUCACCCUGGUGUGCCCCCUCCUCUGCACCCCCCACCUCAUGUGGACUUCUUGGUUCCCCCCAGGAGACCCCACAGCAGGCACGACUUCAGGGGCUUCCAGCCGUCCUACCAGAAGGUCAACUCUGGAAGCCAAUCUGGUGACAACUGCUCGUUCCCUGUGCUCAAAAGCGGGACAGGCGUCAAGCCCACUACAGAAGGGAAUAGGAAGGAUCUCGCCAGCAAUAACUUUAACCAGGAGUUUCCAACACUCCAGGGAAACAGCGAAGCUCCCAUUCAACCAUCUAUUACUAAUGGAAGCGUCUGGGAAAACCCUCGUAAUUCCAAGGUGCACGGAACGGUCCUGAAAAAGGUGCAUCUUUUCCAGCGUCCCCUGCGAAACGACUCCUACGUCGAGAGUAGAAGCAAGAGCCCCUCAGGCGGUGUUACCAACUCCCCUCUCUCUAGCAGCGGGCCAGUCAGCCCAAAGUUGACUCGUCACGCCACCUGUCAGUCUCUAACUGGAGGCUCCGUUUUCAAGACGCUCACCCCCGCAAAGAAGAACCAGCAGCCCCACACAAUGGAGAUUCUGGUGAAGCAUCCCAAGACAAAAGGAAACAAGGGAGACUUCCUGAAGGCCCUUAAGAGCGGCGACGAGAGCAAGGAAGAGGACGCCAUCAAGGGGGACGGUGAUGCUGGGGAAAACUGCACCGUCAACGGGGAGAGGCAGAGAAAUGAAAGCUUGAGCGAGGACGCGAGGUCCGAGGACUUUGAUGAUUCCAUGGACUUCUCAAAGCUGUCGCUGGACAAUUCCUCAAUGAAUACUCCGCUCUCAAGCUCCCUAGAGGCUGAACAAAGGUUGUUGAGAGAGAUGGGCUGGAAAGAAGAGGCUUUAGACGAUGACGCUUACGCACCGCUCACAGAGGACGAGCUUAGAGAGUACCAGAACCUGACAAAAUUGCGUCAAGAGAAGCAGAGGAACGGAACGGCGCAGCGCCCGCAGCUUUGGAGUCCGCGCCGGGUGGCGCCCCCACUGGCCUCCACCGCGACCGCACUUCUUAACGAAAGUGGCCGCUGGUCGAGCUCCUCUUCCGACAGCAGCGACUCGGACUCCAACUAGUUUCCUCAUAUCAGAAGCUUGAUGCUGUAUUUUGUCACGGAAUGCUUGGGCGCGACUCAUUACCGGGUGAUUUUGCCGUUUCGUUCGCCGGCCGAGAAUGUUUUGUCUUGUGGGACGAGCUCUACUUUUUUUUUUUAUCGUUACGGUACUUCGAGAGAAAGUUGUGAAAAAAAAGUGGGUGUAUUUGAAAAAUCAAACACUGGUUCACCAGCGAAGGUGUAACGCUGCCAUUAUUUCUAGCAGCCUGUAUUCUUCUAGUCUGCUACACCUCAGUAAUUUUGAUGCCCGAUUCUCGAAGCGACGAGAUUCCCCAACGUUGAUUUUUAUUGUGUGCCACGUCUUAUUAUGCAUGGUGCUAAUCAAACGUUACACCUGUCGCGAUGAACCAGAAGCAUUACGUUCGCCAACCAUUAGACGGGAGCAUUUUCACGCAGUGCCAAAGACGCCCUAAAAUGACUUUUUUGUUCUGUAAAGCUGGUUUACGUGGCGCUGGUGUGUACUUGUGUUGGAAAAAAAAAAUGCAUAAAACAAAGAAAAGCUGGGGAGAGAAUGUGUGAAAAAAAGAAAAAAGAAAGGAGUGUGUGUGUG